AUGGCGCGCGCGCCCGGCCUCCUGGCGCCCCUGCUGGGGCUGGGGCUGGGGCUGGGGCUGGGGCUGGGGCUGGGGCUGGGCCCGCCGGGGCCGGGGGCCGCGGACUGCGGGUCCCUCGGCGGCGCAGAGCGCCUGGCGUUCGCCCCGGCGCCCGGGGUCCACCGGCUGGCCCCUCGCGCCCGCCCGCCGGGGCCCCUGAACCCCCUGUACGGCACCGUGCGUCGCUUCCUCUCCGCGGUGCAGCUCAACCCCUUCCCCGCAGAGUUGGUAAAGACUUUGCUGAAUGAGCCGUCCUCUGUGAAGGUGGAUGAGGUGGUGCGUUAUGAGGCGGGCUACGUGGUGUGCGCUGUGAUUGCCGGCCUCUACCUGCUGGCGGUGCCGAUUGCCGGGCUGUGUUUCUGUUGCUGCCGCUGCCACCGGCGCUGUGGGGGCCGAGUGAAGACGGAGCACAAGGCCAUGGCCUGUGAGCGAGGCACCCUCAUGGCCUUCCUGCUGCUGACCACCCUCCUGCUACUGAUUGGUGUGGUCUGUGCCUUUGUCACCAACCAGCACACGCAUGAGCAGAUGGGCCACAGUGUUGAGGCUGUGCCUGAGAUUCUGCUCAGCCUCCAGGGCCUGGUCUCCAAUGUCCCCCAGGAGCUGCAGGCCGUGGCAGAGCAGUUCUCCCUUCCCCAGAAGCGAGUCUUGGAGGAACUGGAUGGUGUCGGCAUGAGCAUUGGGAGCACGAUCCAUACCCAGCUCAAGAGCACCAUGUAUGAAGUGCUGGCCUCAGUGAGCAGCCUGGGACAGGCCCUGCAGGUCUCUAUGGAUGACCUGCAAGCCCUGAACACCACUUUGGUGGAGCUGAGGAAGGGCCAGCAGGACCUGGAGCCAGCUGUCUACGAGCGCCGGGAGCGCCUCCUCACCCUGCUGCAGGAGCCCAGCUGUCAGGGUUGCACGGAGGCCCGGAGCCGAGCCCAGGCCCUGGAGCUGGGAGCUGACUUCAGCCAGGUAUCCCCUGUGGACGAUGUCCUGCAUCGGCUGAAGGGUGUCCCAGAGGCCAAUUUCUCCAGUAUGGUCCAGGAGGAAAACAGCACCUUCAACGCCCUCCCACUCCUGGCAGCCUUGCAGACAGCCAAUGUGGUCAAAGAGCUGAAGAAGGUGGUGGCCCAGAAGCCUGAAGGCCUGAGGACACUGGCUGAAGAGUUCCCAGGCUGGGAGGCAGCCUCUCGCUGGAGCCGGACACUGGAAGAAGUGGAACAGAGUAGCCGCCCCUACCUGAAGGAAGUGCAGAGAUACGAGAAAUACAGGUGGAUUUGGGGCUGCGUGUUGUGCUCCGCAGUCCUACUUGUGGUGGUCUGUAACCUGUUGGGCCUCAACCUGGGCGUCUGGGGGCUGUCUGCCAGGAAGGACCCCAGCCGCUCAGAAGCCAAGGGCGAGGCUGGAUCCCGUUUCCUCAUGAUGGGUGUGGGCUUCAGCUUCCUCUUCGCUGCACCCCUCAUCCUCCUUGUUUUUGCCACCUUCCUGGUGGGCGGCAACGUGCAGACGCUGGUGUGUCAGAGCUGGGAAAGCAAGGAGCUCUACAAGUUUGCAGACACCCCAGGGAACUUGCCUCCAUCCAUGAAUUUGUCUCAGCUUCUUGGUCUAAAGAAGAAUAUCAGUAUCCUCCUGGCCUAUCAGCAGUGCAGGGAAGGGGCUGCACUCUGGAGUGUCCUGCAGCUCAAUGACUCCUAUGACCUGGAGAAGCACCUGAAUAUCAGCCAGUACACUGCCAAGCUGCAGCAGGAGUUACAGAACCUCAAAGUAGACAUGAAGAAUCUGGACCUGCUGAGCCCAGCUGCCCACCGGGACCUGGAAGCCCUGCAGAGCAGUGGGCUCGAGAAAAUCCACUAUUCCAGCUUCUUUGUCCAGAUCCAGAAGCCCGUGGUGAACACCAACAUGGAGAAGCUGGCCCAGGAGCUGGAAGAACUGGCCCGGACCCAAGGCAGUUCUGUGCUGGGGCAGCAGCUUCAGGAGGAAGCCCAGGGGCUUCAAAACCUCUAUCAGGAGCAGGUCCUCCCUCAGCAGAGCCUUGUGGCUAAGCUCAACCUCACCGUCAGGGCCCUGGCAUCUUCAGCCCCGAACCUCCAGAUGGAAACCUCUAGUGUCUUGGACAAGGUCGCUUACCUAAAAGGAGAGUUGCCUACCUGGGCCACCAAUAUCUUGAGGAAUGAAAGUGAGUGUUUCCUGAUCCGGGAGAUGGGUUACUUUUCCCAGUAUGUGGCCUGGGUAAGAGAGGAGGUGACUCAGCACAUUGCCACCUGCCAGCCUCUCUCCGGAGCCCUGGACAAUGGCCGUGUGAUCCUGUGUGACAUGAUGGCUGACCCCUGGAACGCCUUCUGGUUCUGCCUGGCUUGGUGCACCUUCUUCCUGAUCCCCAGCAUCAUCUUUGCUGUCAAGACCUCCAAAUACUUUCAUCCCGUUUGGAAACGCCUCAGCUCCACCAGCUCGGAGGAGACACAGCUCUUCCACAUCCCCCGGGUCACCUCCCUGAAGCUAUAGGACCCAAGGAGGGAUAUUUGCUGGCUGCAAGGUGAUGCCUGGGGCUGCCUGCCUUCCUCCUCCUUUGACUUGGCCUGGACCAGAGGACUUCUGUUAUUCUUGCUCACAGCCCAGACUGGCAUCAGGCCUGGAUUGCCUUUCAACUUUUGUCACCGGACCCCAUUUUGCCUAUUUCUUUCCCACCCCCUUGAUGUUCAUGAACCCCUUUUCUCAUUCCCAAAAGCACACUUAACUUUCAUUGAGCUACAGGAGCCAAUAGCUUCUUCCAAGUAUUGAUCCCUUAUCCUCCUCAUGCAACAUAUUAGCACCAGGAAGAGCCUGUUCUCCACCUAUUAGAACCGUUCCCUCACCCAUGCGUGAGACAGAGGCCCUGUCCAACCCCAUUCUGUCACUAGUUGCCCACCCCCUGUCCAUGCCUCUCCCACUCCUCUCUAAGCUCCUGCCCCUUUCUGUCCUCUGACCUGCCCACCUGUCCCAGCUUCACUCUGCCCCAGCCCUCACGUGCUCCCCCCAGGGAAACCUCUUUCCCUGCUUUGUCCCCUUUCUACCUUAUCCCAUUACCUUGCUGGUACCCAGGAACCCCUCCUCCCCAACCAAACUAAUUACGUAAAGCCACCAAGCAGGCAAGGAUCCACCAGGGCUCUGCCUCAUGGCCCUGGAGUGCUCCACUGCCCAGGGACCUAGACUCCCCCACAGGCCCUGGUCUGGAUUUCUGGCCACCCCAUGGGGUGAGGGAGGCCUAUCUGAAGGCUGAGCCCCUUGCCUGCACCCUGGGAUGGAAAGAGUGCUGUCAUCCUGCAGCUCCUCUCUAAGCACUGGCUCCCUAGGAAGGGACCUGCGACUUGGGCCAGAGGGGGGGUCACCCCCGGCUCCCCAAAAAGUAAUCUCUUCGACAAUCACCACUCAGCUUUCCAGGGGAUCUCAGAUCUGGUGGCCACAAUUGGAUUUUGAACUGUGGCCCUUACUCAUUCUAUUCUAUGCAUGAAGCCUAGUCUAUCCCUGUGCCCUUUUUGCAUGCUGGAUGCUGAGUUCCAGAAACAGGGAAAAGGAGGAAGAAAGAAAAGAGAUGGACAAAACCUCAGAUUCAUUAAAGUAUUUUCACUUCCUAAGCCAUGGCCUUGGAUCUUUGAUACCAGCCCAGGCUAGGGCCCUAUACGUAGUUGGUACUUAAUGAGGUUUUUUUGAAGAGGAGAAUCCAUGACUUACCCUAGCAAUCAGCAGAUGGGGAGUGGGACACUUGAAACAGGCAGACCUGGCUGCACAUCCUGGCUUUAUGCUUGGUAGCUAGGACACCUUGAACAUGUUCUGUGUGUUCCCUAGACCUCAGUUUCUCCAUUUCUAAAUUGGAGAGAAUAGUCCUAACUGCCUUCUAGGGCUAUGAAAAAUGUGACAUUGCAUGGAAAGCCCUUGGCAGGAGCCUGGCACAAAACAAAUGCUCAGAUGCUGCAUCUUUGAUGCAGGCAUCCUUGAAUGUAGCACAACUGCUUUUUUUUUUUUUUUUUUUUUUUUGGCUUUUCCCAAACCUUUUUGGCUUGUUUCUCAUCCGCUACCCUAUGCAGGAGAACUGUGGCACCCUGAAUAUCAAGAAUGAAACUGAUUGGAUAAAAAUAGAAAGAGAAAACAAUUAUAAAAAAUUUCUGGUUCUCUAUCAAGAUUCUCUACCUUAUCCUUUAUAUAUGUGAGCAUACUGCACAUGGUAAUUUUACAGUUUAAUAACUUCCUAAUAUGGAAACUCUGA